UUUCUAGAAAAAAUAAAAGAUCUAGAAUGCGUAACACAAAAAGCUACAAAUGGGCUCUUGAUACAGUGUUUUAGUUCUAAGAUGUACCCUCCUGCUACAUGCAUAUUUAAUAUUACAAUGAACAAAGAACAACUUAAUGUAUCGUCAACUAACAAACACAUUGUUGGGAGUAAAAAUCCUACUUAUUACCGGACUGAAUGUUCUGUGGAAAUAAAACAUGAACAGCUGGUGCCAGGGGUCUUGGAAUAUCAUGUAACCACGCUUCAGAAAUUAUCAUCUGAUUGUUACAACGUUACGUCAUGCUAUGCAUUACAAAAAUUUUCUUUCAGUGUACCAAUUGAAAGUAUGGAUUUCAACUGCUCGGCUGAAGAGCCCAACAACUGUUCAAUCAAAUGCAACACAAAUGAUUUUUGUCAAGACGGAAACAUGUAUUCAUGUCAGAGUGUUCAAGAAUUGUGUCUCAACAGAAAACAAGCAAACCAUUCUCAAAACCAAAAUCUUCCUUGCAACAAAAUGUGUCAAUCAAAUAACAAUUCUACUAGUAAAAGAAAUGAAAACAGCAUUGAAGACGAGCUGAUUGUGAUUAUAAUUUUAGGCAUUGCAUUUGCAAUACUAGUGUGCACUUUGAUCGCUUGUUGGUUGAAAAAGCGUGUACGCAAACAUAAAACAAAAGUUCGAGAAGAUGCUCGUGUACACAGCACAGGUUUGGAAGAUAGGAGUGAAUGUGUGACUGGGUGUGAUUGUGUUAAUGUUGAUAUCCGUUUUAAACUAUUUUGUGUUAUUGUUCAGUUCCCGUACUGUGAUGUCAUGGUCCAGUUUUUUCUUGUUUUUGUAACCUUACACAAGAAUCGGUGCAAGUAG